GUUCUGUGAUAGUGUCACAAACAUUUCAGCGUGAUAUUGUGAUAGAAAUAUAUUCUUAUUAGAUUUUAUGAUAUUCUAUAUUCUGUUCGUUCACGACAGAUGGUAAUAAACGUAAAGUUAGAUAUAAAAUUAAAGUGUCUUCGGAUAUAAGUCAAGCACUUUCAUAUUUAAUAUGAUGCUGCUGAAGCUGCUGCUAUUUUUCAGUGUAUUUUACGUGACACAUGGAACGUUGAAACCACCGGACUUCAACUCAGGUUGGUUAGUUCUGAGGACCGAUAUGAAUACCUCUGAAUCCGUAAAGGUCGUGUUGCAUGGACUUCAGGAAACCCCUUUAUUGGUUGAUGUUCAGGUCAAAGAUAAUGACAACGGCCCCAUAUAUCAAGCAUCAGGGCAUAUAAUUCAAAAUAGAGAUUUAAUGACAAUGCCUGAACAGGAUCUGGAUUGUGAAAAAAGGCUUUGUCGAAAGUACGAACCGGAUAGUGAAAACGGAGUAAUGUACAUAUAUAAUCAACGUGUUGUUAAAGUCAUUGCCAUGGCUGGACAUAAAAACAGGGACUACGGUAGAUGCAAAUUCACAGCUGAGUUGCCGAACGUUUUUGGGAGACAAAUCCGAGUUCGAGCCUGGAGGUCAUCAACUUUGCCAAAACCAUCUUCUGCAUGGUCAUUGGCGGUAGAUAACCAAACAACACUCGAAUUUGCACACGGCGGUGGAGAGUAUCCUGAAUUCGUUAUAUCAAGGAUAAAAUAUAUAAACAAUAGUUGUGAUUUCUUUAGGAAUAGUUUUUCAGAUUCAAUAGGCACUCCACUUAAACUGCUCGCCGAAUCACCGGAGAAAACUGGUUAUGUUGCAUAUGAGUAUGACAAAGAAAAUGUAUUUGUUAGGAAAGGACGUGGUUUGUUAUGCGUUUUUAUUCUUUACCUAUUCAUAUCUAAUAUUGCUAUAUCAAAUUAGCCAUUGCAGAUUUAUGCAUUGCCUACGUCAUGUAUUUAUGUUUUCUAACUUUUUUUAAAGUUCUCUUUUUUACUCGGUUUUACCAUCACAGUACAGGUCAUAUUGCGAUUUUCAAGAUUUAUUGGUAAAGAUAAACCUUAGUUGCGAUUUAGUACAUUAUUUCAGGCACGAACGGGUACCUUAGUAAAACCAACGCCGUUCUGUAAGCUACCUGGAUAGGUAAUUUACAAGAAAGAAUUCAAUGUCCCUGUCGGGAUUCUAACCCACCGCAGUGAGAGGCAAGCGAUUGGAAGUCAACGUGCAUGUUAGGUGUUUUUAAUACAUGAUGCAUUGAUUGAAUAGCAAUAAGAAAUGUGCUUUAAAUAUCAAAACAAUUCUUAAGCUGUUUGAUGCUUUCAAUCGUUUUCAAGUUGAAAUCAUCAAAAACUCCCUUGUAAGGUAACUUUACAUUUUCAUUGAAUACCCAGGAAAGUAUUCAGUAUUAUUUGAUACUGAUGGCGAAUACUUUGACUAAAACGUCAAACAGAAAAUUGCUAAUCGAAGCAAUCAUAGCCACGCAAUUGGAAUUAAUCAUGUAUAAAGUAUAGUUUUUGUAGAGGUAUUAGUUGCUGGUGAUGGAACAGAAAGUGAAGAGGCAAUUAUCAUUGAUGGUUUAUUAGAGAUAUAUGUCUGGAGUUCGACAGAUUUGCAAGCUUUUACAGACAAAGGUUCCUUUCGUUAUGAUUCUGUAAACAAAUUGACGGUACCAGGUAUGAAAAUGGAUAACAAGACAAAGUUCACUGAAUUAUUGAAUAAAACUGUUAAGAUGUAUGAUGUUUUGAUAAACAAGUCAAUCCCCGUUAGUGAAUUGAUUGUCAAAGACAUGACACUUACACGUUUUUUGAAUGAAUCAUUGACAGUUGGAGAAUUAAUUGAUACAACCUACAUAAAUGACAUUAUCAAGUCUGAAAAAAGUUUCACCUUGAAACAGAUAUUUGAGAUGACAGAAUCAAUCCGGACAGUUUUAGAUGAAACAGUUACUCUGGGGAAUUUACUGGACACAAGUAUUUCGGUAAAGAAUCUUGUCCUUAAAAAUCUGCCGAUCAGUCAAGUGUUAAAUGCCACUUUAAAAGCCGAAAUACCAUUAGAUGAUACAUUUCUCUUACACGAAUUCAUAGAUAAUAAUAUCAGAAUGGACACUGUUAUAAAUAAGACCAUUUUUAUUUACAAUUCAUUUGAAUAUUUUGAACUAUUUAAUGCAUCAACGGAGUUGGGCGACAUUUUUGGUAAUGAUUCAAUAUUUUUCUUAUUACGUGACUUAUAUAAAACAGUUAUAGCUGUGAAUGACAGUAUCAAAGAAAUCAACAAAUCUGUUAAUGCAGUAACUGAAAGCGCAAACAACCUGAACAUGUCUAACUUCAAUCAAGGAAAUCAAUCAGAAGAAACAAUACAACGUCUCGAGGAUAUAAUCAACAAGCUAGACACAAUCAAAAGUAUAGUACCUCAAAUUGGAGAAUCGACUGCAAACUUAGAAUUUGGUAAUAUAACUAUGAAUGAACUGGUAAAUGAGACUCUGAAGGUCAUCGACUUAACAAAUAAAACAUUAAAGUGUUUUUCUGAUAUUACCGGAUUCCUCGAACAGAUGUUUGAAUUUGUAUCAAACCAGUCAGCCUUAUCUGAGUUAGUUGGGUUGAACCAAACCUUUGAAGUUUCUUCCUCACUGUGUGCUUUGCUUAAAACUAAAGUUGAAAAAUUGUUAUCUGAUACCAUUACACUUUCGGAUAUCAUCAUAGAGGAAAACAAUGAUUCAGACACUCAAAUAUUAGAGCUGAUAGGGAGAAAUAUUAAACUUGGAGAUUUGUUUGCCUCUUCAAUAUAUCUGAAAGAUGUACUUCACAGUUCAGUAACACUUCAGGAAUUAGAAAUGGCUGGAAAUAAAGUAUGGACGUAUUUAGAUAAAAACUUGCAAAUUUAUGAUAUUAUCAAUGAUCGUGGCAAUUCAGUAAAUUUGGUUGAUAUCUUAGUACAAUCCGACAAAACAAAAAGACAAGCGUUGAAACCAAAUCAUUACGUGCCAGUUUUGAUAAGUGACAGUGUUCUAGUCAAAACAUUCUUGCAAUCAUAUGACACACAGAAUACGGACUUACGGACAACAGUUUCUGGUACCUUACAAUGGUAUGAACACAUGGUAAUGCAAGCGCCUUGCCAUUUUGGUGGUGUGGUUUCCGGCUACACUCAAGACGAAGUCAGAUUCUGGUAUUCAAACAAAUAUCCUGAAUGUUCAGCCUUGUGUCAGGAAAUAACUGAAUGUGACUCUGAAUGUGGCAAUGAAACUAUAACACCAACACAAUUUGACCUUUUAUUUAUUACCAAAAUAUGGAACAUAGAAAAAAGUUACUGUGACAGUGGCCCAUGUAGACAUGGCGGAAAAUGUAUCAACUUACAAAAGUCCUUUAAAUGUGCUUGCAAAGACGGCUGGGAAGGUUACUUUUGUGAUAACAACAUAAACGAUUGUAUUGGACAGUGCGAGAAUUUUGUUCAGUGUAUUGAUAAGGUAAAUGAUUACACAUGCGUAUGCAAGACCGGUUGGACUGGCAAGAACUGUAGUUUAGGAGAAAGCCCCUUCAUAGUUCUUCCUGUGGAAGCUUCAAGUAAAAAUGGAAGUGAAGACUACACUUAUGAUAAAAGAGAUGUCUUUGGGACAGGUGUAAUGAUGAAUGAAAGUGAUGAUAGCAAUUACGUUGGAAGUCAUGUUAUUCUCGGGACAGAUGACUUUGAUUUAACAUCGUUUUCUAUUAUCAAAUCAAGAUACAAUUGUUCAAAGUAUGUUGUGGAUAUUGAAAGUCUUGACACACCAAGAGGUGUAUCUGUGACCUUGCAUCUGGUGGAAACUGAUUGUUCACAGUCACAUUUUUUAACCUGUUCAAUUCUCUGGGGUGAUGGAAGCAAGACCAACUUAGACAAUCCGUAUUUAGCUGUAAAAGUGAACCACACUUUCUCAAAUUAUGGCAUAUACGCUAUUCAGACCGAAUGUACAGAUGCAAACGGAAGAAUAACUCUUUGUCCGGAGGCGACAAAAUGCUGCAUGGACACAAAUAACUUCAUAGAUGAUUUGCACAACGAUUUGACAAAACCAAAACGUGUCUUAGCUGACAGAGCAAUUCAAAUUAAUAGCUUUAAAGAUAUUAAGGGAACAUGUGUAGGUGCCGUGUAUCAUUGGCGGUUUGUUCAAGUCUUGGGGAAUAAACUAAUGCCAUUUACGGACUUCAUUCAACCAAAAUCGAAAAAUUUAGUACUUCCUGGUGGCACACUAAGACCAGGCAUCUAUGUUGUAAUUCUGGAAGUGGUGUUAAACGGUUUAUGGUUCAAUGAUUUUAUUGUGCUUGAGGUUACUUUUCCAGACUUGUAUACCUUUAUUUCGGGUGGUGACUUUGUAUACGUCCCGCGCGGCGACAUUCUUUAUGUGAAUGCUUCUCAAUCACGUGAUACUGUUGGUGAUCUGCAAUUUACUGAUUUUUCAAAGUUAGUUGCAAGUUGGACUUUUGAACUUAUUUCGGCAGAAACAUCUGAUGAUGCAGUUUAUAGUCUUAUAAACAACCAAAUAUCGGGUGUAGGUAAAAGAUACGAAAUUCAAAUUGGAAAUGUGAAUGUUCUUAAGGUAAUAACGAGUUAUUUUCCAGUCAAUUCCUAUGGUGUUGCUGUAUUUACGAUGUCAAAAGGGAGCCGACUUUCAACAGCAUUUCAAGUUUUAAAAUUUGUUGAAAAUACACUACCUGUAACAAUAAGCUGUAUAUACAAUUGCAAUGUUUCGCAUGGAGGUUUAAUUAAUUUUGACCGCCUGGUACUGGACACAUAUAUUGAGAGGACCUUUAAUACAAAAUUCCUCAAAUAUCAAUGGAAUGUUUAUGCCCGGAGAAAUAACGGAUUUGUUCGACUCAAAGAAGCGAUUGACAAAAUAGACAAACCAUCCAUGAGUAUACAAAAAGAUAAAAUAGAAGAGGGUAAUACUUACAUUUUCGAAGUCAGGGUAACUACAUCUGAUGGAAAAUUGAAGAGUACUGCUUCUGUAAAAAGAACCUUUGAUUAUGUUCCCCACGGAGGCACGUGCGAAAUUGAUAAAGCCGAUGUUGAGUCUGCAUUCGACUUGGUACAAAUACGAUGUCAGUCAUGGAGCACUCGAAGUAGAAGGUUGACAACAAACAACACCAUAAAUACAACCCCUUCACUUACUUAUACUGUCCUACAGGUAACAGAUGGUGCUUAUGUUAAAGAGGAACCAAUCACGCAACGAGAUGAACGGGAGUUAUACAUUUUGCUGAAACUAGGAAAUCAGGAACAAAAUUACGAAACGUCAAUCAGAAUCCGUAUAGCAGAUAUGUACAACAACUUCAAUGAAGUGUCCAUUUCAAACAUUGUGUCAAGACCCGUUUUCAAUUUCAAAGAACUCGAUACAACGGAAUCAGGAGCUCAAGUUGUUAGUGACUAUAUCCAUGGCAAAUAUUCUGUUGUUUUGGACUUUGUGGUGUCCGUUUUAGAUUUACCAUAUAUCACAAUGUAUUACAUAUCUGCCGUGUGCAGCAAUAUAUACUUCAUAGAGUUAAAUGAAAACGAGCCUAUUUUUCCACAAGUUCUAAAUGACAAAGGGAAUGGCGUUAUUCUAGACUUGUCGAAGCAUGGGAACAGUAAUAUUACGAAUUUAAAAGGCAUGCUCAAUGAGGCCCUGAACAAAACGAUAAAUCCUACAACCGUAACAUUGCGAGAGUUCCUCAAAAACAUGACAGACAUCGUGACAAAUAUUUCUUCGGUUUAUACGGAACACCCAGAAGGCAUAGAAGAGAAAAUAUUAUUUUGUGUUGCAACAAACGCAUUUUCAAAUCUAGCAUCCAGAGCAGAAUUUCUUGAUAAAAGCACAACGAGUCAAUUAGUGCAUCUUUUAGAAAGCACUGGAUUGAGUAACAUUGGUAAUUUGGAUGAAUUUCAAGAAGUCACAGAGCAGACAUUUAGAAUGUCUAUAACAGUGUCUGAUGCUAGCGUAUACAGUUCACUUCACCAAUACCGAUCAACAGAUGAUAUUAUUAGUGCGAUGCGUCAGAUUGAUGACAUGCUAUCUGUUGUUGGACACGACUUUAAUAUCUAUACAGCAACCAUAUCCCCACAAGAAAGGGCAAUCCUCUACUUGAAAAUGCAUCGACAACUUUAUGUGUUCAUAGAUGAAGCGAAAGAAAAUGCAAAAACUGCUGCUCAGUCAACGGCCAUUUUGGCAAGAGAUAUACAAGAUAAAAUAAAACAAUGCCAUGAAUGUGACAAUGAAGCUUCCGACACAGAUAAACAGUUGCUUAAGUACACAAAUGCGUGCACGCUCAAGAACGAAGUGACCCGUACCAAAACAUCCGCUUUCAAUGUCGGAUUUAUUGAUUCGCACAACAAUAAAAGUUGUGACCAGAUCGAAGUAUCUAUUUCGGCAUUUGAGUUCAAGGACAAUGUGUACAUGUAUGAUAAUGAUGGAACAUCAAGCCUAAUAACCUCAAGAGUGCUACGAUUAGACAUGAAAACAGCAGAGAAACGCGUGUCAGCUAAACAUAUAACUUUUGAACAAAAGGUCAUUCCUCCGAAACCGACAACUAUCACACCUCAUGUGGACAAAGAGGAUGCCUCUAAAUUUAUGUACCAUAGAUUUCUAUAUCAAAAAAGUACUGACAGUGUUUGUGUCGUUGUCCAACCGCUCGGAAAUCAGGAUCUAAAAAGCUACCUUAUUUAUAUAAAAUUCAGCAAAUCGCCAUCUAUAAUUGAUUACGACCUUAAAUUCCGCGUGUUUAAUGACAGACAUUGGCAAGCAUGUAUAGAUCCACAUCGUAUGAAAGGACACACUGGAGUUACUUUUUUGGCAAUAAGCUUUCAAGGAAUUAAUAAAUCAAAAGCGGACCAAGAAAACUUGCGAAGAAGUAUAGAAGAACUGGAUGAAGACGAAACAUUUGAUUAUAACAUUACAAUAGCAACCAUGGGAUGUCUAACAUGGGAAGAAGAAAAGUCACAAUGGAAUGCAAAGAAGUGUCAGCUGAUUGAUUGGCUUCGGAGAGAAGAAAAAGUUGUUUGUCUUUGCCGAGAAGUGACUGAUAUGGUUUUUGGAAAUUCUUUCUUCGUGGCCCCAAACGCUAUUGAUUUUUCAAACGUAUUUCUUAAGUUCUCUCCUCUAAGCCAAGCUGCGGUUAUCGGAACGCUUACUGGGAUCUUCAUUAUCUACAUUAUUUCAGUGAUUUUGCUCGCCCGACUAGACAGGAAAGAUAAAUUAAAGUGGGUUAUAACACCACUUCGUGAUAAUUUUAUUACUGAUGAAUACUUUUAUGUGAUAAGAGUAGUUACGGGCAUGCGCAGAGAAGCUGGAACAAGAUCACGUGUUGCUUUCCAACUCGGUGGUGAAUAUGAAAGUUCAGGUCACAGGGAAUUAUUUGAUGGUAUAAGAAAGGAGUUUAGUACAGGCAGUAUUAUGACUUUCGUUAUGUCGACGUGCGAAGAUCUAGGUGAUUUGCAGAGUCUUCAUAUAUGGCAUGACAAUAGUGGUGAAGGCAGAUUUGCAUCAUGGUACCUUAAUCAAGUCGAUGUAUAUGACUUGCAUCGGCAUAAAACAUAUUUCUUUCCUUUCGAGACCUGGCUAUCUAUUGAAACAUGUCUAGAAGCUAAGUUAUCGCCGGUACCAACAAACCAACCAUUAGAUUUGGAAUCUAGAUUCUUUGGUAAUUUGAGACAUAGACUUUCAGAAGGGCAUAUGUUUAUAUCAAUAGUUUAUCGACCAGCAAUGAGUGUUUUUACACGUGUUCAACGUGCGUCCUGUGCGCUCGUGUUUAUAAUGCUUAACGUGUUAGCUAGCGCAUUGUAUUUCAACCCGGAGCCUAACUACCAGACGCCAGCAUUGCUACAAAUAGGACCAUUCCGAUUUACAUCACAACAAAUAUACAUAUCAAUUUUCUCAGCCUUGAUUACAACUGUACCGGUAUUUUUUCUUACCGAACUAUUUAAAAGAACUAAAAGAAAACAGGAAACAAAUAACAAGACCUGCAGCAAAAACUGCCCUCACAGUCAAUGUUGUGUACACGGGUCUGAGUAUCGACAGAAGACAAGUGAAAAGGUGCAGCAUGAUGAAUUACUUCACUCAGCGUCUUUUCUAAUGGAAGCAUCACAGACGGGGUACAGUUUACUGUUACCACAUUGGUUUAUAUACAUAGAUUGGUUUCUUGUUGCGGGAGGAACGGUUACUCCUGUUGCUUUUGUUCUGUUGUAUAGUAUGGAAUGGGGUAAACAAAAAUCUGAGGAGUGGCUAUCAACAUUGACCAUGUCUUUACUGGAAUCAUUUUUACUCAUAGACCCUUUUGUAGUCAUCUGUAUUUCCCUACUUCUUGCUGUGAGCUUACAUUCAAGAACUUUGAGAAAGGACUCUUGUGCUACCAAAACUGUCGCCAAAUAUAGACAAAGCCUUGGCAGAGACGAAAACACCGUUUCAUCUAGCGUGACUGUGCUGAAAUCUAUUGUGACGGAGUUACAGUCUUACAAAUUGAAUCCUAGGAAUGUCUCAACGCCUGUUCAGGGAGAUAAUCUUAAACAAGCGCAAGAGAAACACCGACAGUAUACAAACUUCCAGAAAUCUUUGAAGGACAUUAAAUUGAACCUUAUUUUUAUUAUAAUUGUGUCAGUAAUUUGCUAUUCCAACAGAGAUGACAGGUCGUUUCUACAGCACACGCAUCUUGGCAAUAGACUUGUUACACCACGUCAUACCCAGAAGUUUCACUCGAUAAAAGCACCAAAUGAUUUGUUUAAGUGGAUAAAUGAUACAAUGAUCCCGUACCUAUUCCGUGAACGUGAUGAGUACGGUAUGGUCUUACACUGGACAGAACGGCAAUUCACACAUGAUCAUCAUCUUAGGCUUGGGCCGCCAAGACUUCGACAGCUGCGAAUCAAACGAGGUACGUGUGACAUACCUUAUAUUGACCGGACAUCAUGUUAUGGUGAAUAUCACAUGCUGAAUGAAGAGGACAGUAACUAUUGUAUUGGAUGGAAGAAUUACCCAUGCAACUUAUUAGAGACUGUUUAUAAUGUAACAUCCUCGGCUUGGAAAUUCAGAUCGUCUCUAGAUAUCUGGGGAGUACCUUUGACAGGAUACUACACAACAUACGGUGGCGGAGGUUAUAUAGCAUCACUUCAUGUUAAUCUCAAUUAUUCUAUCGUCACUAUUAACGAACUGUAUAAAAACCUAUGGAUUGAUCGUCAGACACGUGCUGUGAUAAUAGAGUUUACACUUUACGACGCCUCUACAAACUUGUUUGUUUACAAUAUGUUUAUGACAGAGUUUCCUCAAACAGGCGGUGCAUUUACCACGUAUAAUACAUACCCAUUACGUGUUUAUCCACACCAUGGGGCGACUGGAACGUGGACUCUAGUAUGCGAAAUAUUGUUUGUGAUUUAUAACACAUGCUUUUUCAUCCGAAUUUGUCUGCGACUUUACCGACUAAGAUCUGAGUACUUCAAACAAUUUUGGACUGUUUACGACCUUUUCCUCUUUCUUGUUUCAGCUACAGCCAUAGUUUUAUCUUGUUUUCGUCUACAAUUCUCCAAUGAAACGAUCGAGAAGUUCAAACAAGAUAAUAAGCUUUUUGUAAACUUUAGUCAUAUUGUGGUUUGGGAUCAAGGUUUUGUACUGGCUUUAGGUGUGUUAGCAUUUCUAGCCACAAUGAGGAUGCUCGUGGUACUGUCUACACUUAAACAUUUGAAAGGAAUUGUGGAUAUCUUCAGGAAUUGUGGCAAAGAUCUGUUUUGGUAUGGCUUAUCAUUUGUUCUGGUUUUUGCCGGAUUCUGUGCACUAGCAUUGCUACUCUUUGGUUCCCAACUUGAAUCCUACAGAAAUGUAUACCAGUGUAUGGGAACACUUUUUAUAGCGAUGAUCGGAAAGAGUAGAUUCACAGAAAUAAAUGAAACAAAUCCCGUGUUGGCGAAAGUUUUCUUUAUGUUAUACAUUCUGAUUGUCGUUUAUUUUUUCCUAACCAUUUUCCUCGCCAUUCUUGGAGCAAGCAUCGACGAAGUGGUUCAACAAAAUCGCACAGGUCCGGAUCACGAUCUAAUUGCAUACAUGAUAAGGAAAAUCAAAGACCUCAUCAAUAAACCAGGACGUAACAUGAAAAAGCGAAAAAGAACAAUGAAAACCGCUCCGAUAUCAAUAAAUGAAUAGAAUACUUAAACUUACAUAUGGCUUACAUAGCGAAGGAAAAAAAUAAAACAAUCGGUGUGUUCGUCUAUUGACUAGUAUCUAAGAGACAAUGUAAAUGACAGAAUGAUCAAGUUUUAGAACAGCUUACACGUUAUAUCGCAAAAAUGUGAUUACUGUAUAUUUCAUUAGUUUAUAUAUUAUGGUCUCGACAUCAUAAACGAUAAAAAAUCAUGAAUCAUUUUAAUCAAUUAUUUUGUUACUCGUCAUACGUAUGUUUUAUUUUAUAUCAUACUGAUAGUUGUUAAUGAAUCUUAAAUUAUUUUGACAUGAAGUAAACUGUGUACUUUCAUGUUUCCUAUUACAGCCGAUUGCAAGGUAAAUGUGAUCAUUUUCAUAUGCAUAAAAUACAGUGGCUACCAAAGAAAGUAAAUAUAAUUGUAUUUAACUGUUAAAUCUUUUGAAAAGAUAUACAUACAUUGUUGAUUAGUUUAUAGAAAUACACAAUUAAUAUUAGCCACUUAUAACAAAUUUAAAAACAAUCUUACUGCCAAAACUGGCAAUGAUUUGAAUAUAUUGGAUAAACUAAAAUAUACGAACAGAUUUGUGCUUGUGUAUGUAUGUUAUUUUUGAAUUUAUUUCUUAGAUUUAUGCACAGUAGUAUUAAUGAAAUAGUCCAUAGGUUCAUUUUGUAUCA